AAUCUUUUCCCCACAACCCCACCCUCUGUCACUGUCCUCUCAUGUGUUCAUAGAACACACACAAACAAGCUUCACAAUUUUAUCGAUGGCGAAAAUAAUGGGUCACCAUUGUUCUUCCAUCUUCUUCCUCACAUUCCUUCAUCUCCUCCAUUUCUCUUCUCCAAAACUCGAGGUCUCAACGCCACCGCCAUUGCCAAUCCUCCCACUCCCUUCAUUCUCCCAGUUGAAAUGGCAACAAAGAGAAGUAAUCAUGUUCCUUCACUUCGGUCCCAACACUUUCACCGACUCCGAAUGGGGCACCGGCGCCGAGUCUCCCGCCAUCUUCAACCCCACUGCUCUAAACGCCACCCAGUGGGCUGCCACCGCCGCCGCUGCUGGAAUUUCUCUUAUGAUUCUCACUGCUAAGCACCAUGAUGGCUUCUGCCUCUGGCCUUCUAAAUACACUACACACUCUGUUUCCCGCAGCCCUUGGAAGAAUGGCCAAGGCGACGUCGUUGAGGAGUUUGUUACCGCCGCUACCGCCCACGGGAUCGACGUGGGACUGUAUUUGUCGCCGUGGGAUCGACAUGAUCGGAGAUAUAGCCAUGAUUUGCCUUACAAUGAGUACUACUUGGCUCAGUUACAAGAGCUUCUCAAAAGAUAUGGAAAUGUGAAGGAGAUUUGGUUUGAUGGAGCCAAAGGCCAAAAUGCUCCAAACAUGUCAUAUUAUUUCUCAGAUUGGUUUGCAAUGGUUAAGGAGUUACAAAGCUCCAUCAACAUAUUUUCCGACGCUGGACCAGACGUUCGAUGGGUUGGGAACGAGAAAGGUUUUGCAGGAACCUCGUGCUGGUCGACGAUCAACCGAACUUCGCUCGCCAUUGGAGCAGAAGGCAUUACCCCGUAUUUAAACAAAGGAGAUCCAAGAGGAAGAGAUUGGGUACCACCAGAAUGUGAUGUAUCCAUAAGAGAAGGUUGGUUUUGGCACAAAACACAGUCACCAAAAACCUUAGAACACCUCCUUAAAAUCUACUACAACUCUGUUGGAAGAAACUGUGUUCUUCUCAUAAAUGUCCCUCCAAAUUCCACAGGCUUAAUCCCACAAAAAGAUGCUCAAGUCCUCAAACAAUUCAAAAACACCAUUGACAGAAUCUUCACCACAAAUUUAGCUCAAAAUUGCUCUAUAAAAGCAAGUAGCCAAAGAGGACAAGAGUUUGGGCCUCAAAAUGUAAUCGACGAUGAUCACUUAUGGACUUAUUGGGCCCCUAAGGAAGAUGUUGAUGACCAUUGGAUUGAGGUCAGAAGUCAAGGGAAUGAACAGUUGAGAUUCAAUGUGGUGAGGAUUCAAGAGGCUAUAGGGCUUGGUCAGAGGAUCGGACGGCAUGAGAUUUAUUUGGAUGGGAAGAGGAUUGUGGAUGAGAGGGAGAGUAGGAGUAUUGGGUAUAAGAGAUUGUACAGGAUUAAAAGUGGUGUGGUUUGUGGGUAUGCUUUGAAGGUUAGGUUUAUUGAGUUUAAGGGUGUUCCUUUGAUUUCUUCUUUGGGUCUUCAUUUGGACCCUUUUUGGAACCCAAUUCGGCUUUCAUCAGUACCUACAAAUUAAAGGAUAUGGGGGAGGGGGUGGGGGUCCCUAUUUAUUAAUUUAAACAUAAAUUAUUACAUACUUAAAUAAAAACAAAGGAGAAAUUGUUUUCCUUUUCUUUUGUA